AGGCCAAGAGGCGGGGUCGCCCAAGCUGCCGCGCUGGCAUUUUCUCCUGGACAGGGAGAGGGUGCGGCUGCUGAGAGCCGAGCACUGCAAUCCAGAUCCUCUGAGUCUUGAAGAAGGGAGACAACGAGGGGGUUGGGGUUGGGGCCUGAGGCAAGGCUCCACUCUUGCCAGAGGGACUGGAGCCAUGGCUCAGAAAAUGGACUGUGGUGCAGGCCUCCUCGGCUUCCAGACUGAAGCCUCUAUGGAAGACAGUGCCUUGCUUAUGCAGACCCUUAUGGAGGCGAUCCAGAUUUCGGAGGCUCCACCUACCAACCAGGCCACAGCAGCUGUCAGCAGGCUGAAUGCAAGCCCCCCGAGUUCACAACCUCCGUCUGCCAAGGAGAUGACUGACAUUCAUGUUGUAGCAGCUGCCACUAGGCCUAAAACAGCCCUUAAGGCCCAGAAUGCCACCACAAAAGGCCCAAAUGGUGCCUAUGAUUUCUCUCAGGCUGUUAAUGCCAAGGAAAUGCCCAACACCCAACCUAAGGCAAGCUUUAAGCCCCAGAAUGCCACCACAAAGGGCCCAAAUGUUGCCUAUGAUUUUUCCCAGGCAGCAACCACCAACAAAUCCGAGAUGGGUUUUAAAGCCCAGAAUGCCACUACCACGGUGGGUCCAAAUGCCACCUACAAUUUCUCUCAGUCUCCCAAUGCCAGUGAGAUGACCAACUCCCAAACUAGGACAGCCUUCAAGGAUUGGAAUGAUACCACCAAGGCCUCAACAGCUGAUACCCAGACCCAGAAUGUUAACCAGGCCAAGACGGCUACUUCCCAAGCUGACAUAGAGACCAACCCAGGUAUCUCUGAACCUGAGGGUGCAGCUGCACAGGCAUCAGCAGAUGGUUCCCAGGCUCAGAAUCUGGAGUCCCGGACUAUAAUUCGGGGCAAGAGGACCCGUAAGAUUAAUAACUUGAAUGUGGAAGAAAACAGCAGUGGGGAUCAGAGGUGGGUCCCACUGACUUCAGGUACUUGGAGGUCUGCACCAGUUCCAGUGACCACUCAGAACCCACCUGGCGCACCACCCAACGUGCUCUGGCAGACGCCAUUGGCUUGGCAGAACCCAUCAGGCUGGCAGAACCAGACAGCCAGGCAGACCCCAUUGGCACAUCAGAGCCCCCCAGCUAGGCAGACCCUACCAACCUGGCAGAACCCAGUUGCUUGGCAGAACCCAGUGAUCUGGCAGAACCCAGUGAUCUGGCAGAACCCAGUGAUCUGGCCUAAUCCCAUUGUUUGGCCUGGCCCAGUUGUCUGGCCAAACCCACUGGCCUGGCAGAAUCCACCUGGAUGGCAGACCUCACCUGGAUGGCAGACCCCACCGAGCUGGCAGGGCACUCCAGACUGGCAAGGCCCUCUGGACUGGCCAUUGCCGCCCGACUGGCCGCUGCCACCUGAUUGGCCGCUUCCCACUGACUGGCCACUCCCACAUGACUGGAUCCCUACUGACUGGCCAAUUCCACCUGACUGGCAAAACCUUCGACCUUCACCAAACCUGCGCCCCUCCCCCAACUCACGUGCCUCACAGAACCUGGGUGCCUCGCAGCCCCGAGAUGUGGCCCUUCUUCAGGAAAGAGCAAAUAAGUUGGUCAAGUACCUUAUGCUUAAAGACUACACAAAGGUGCCCAUCAAACGUUCAGAAAUGCUGAGGGAUAUCAUCCGUGAAUACACAGAUGUUUAUCCAGAGAUCAUUGAACGUGCGUGCUUUGUCCUGGAGAAGAAAUUUGGGAUCCAGCUGAAGGAAAUUGACAAAGAAGAACACCUGUAUAUUCUUAUCAGUACCCCGGAGUCCCUGGCUGGAAUACUGGGAACUACUAAAGACACACCCAAGCUGGGUCUCCUCUUGGUGAUUCUGGGUGUUAUCUUCAUGAAUGGCAACCGUGCCAGUGAGGCUGUCCUCUGGGAGGCACUACGCAAAAUGGGACUGCGUCCUGGGGUCAGACAUCCCCUCCUUGGAGAUCUCAGGAAGCUUCUCACUUACGAAUUUGUAAAGCAGAAGUACCUGGACUACAGACGAGUACCCAACAGCAAUCCCCCUGAGUAUGAGUUCCUCUGGGGCCUUCGUUCCUACCAUGAAACUAGCAAGAUGAAAGUGCUGAGAUUCAUUGCAGAGGUUCAGAAGAGAGACCCUCGUGACUGGACUGCACAGUUCAUGGAGGCUGCAGAUGAGGCCUUGGAUGCUCUGGAUGCUGCUGCAGCUGAGGCUGAAGCCCGGGCUGAGGCGAGAACCCGCAUGGGGAUUGGAGAUGAGGCCGUGUCUGGGCCCUGGAGCUGGGAUGACAUUGAGUUUGAGCUGCUGACCUGGGAUGAGGAAGGAGAUUUUGGAGAUCCCUGGUCCAGAAUCCCAUUUACUUUCUGGGCCAGAUACCACCAGAAUGCCCGCUCCAGAUUUCCCCAAACCUUUGCCAGCCCAAUUAUUGGCCCUGGUGGUGCACCCAGUGCCAACUUCGCUGCCAACUUUGGUGCCAUUGGUUUCUUCUGGGUUGAAUGAGAUGUUGGGUAGGUAUAUCACUUUGAAUUGGCCAGUUAGUGUCCUUGGGGGUGUAUUUAUGUGCAUGAACUGGGAGUCAUAUGAAAUCAAUGGUGGGAAAAUGAGUGAAGUACUGUUUGGAAUUUAUAUUCCAUACUAUUUGACAGGUAUCAUUGAUCUUUUUUACUUUUUCUUAUGUUCACAGAUAUUACUAAUCAGUUGCAAUAGUCUUUCCCCUGAGUGAGGCUGAAGCCUCAGAUUCCUUCUAAACACAGCUAUUUAGAGAGCCACACCCUGUUGACUGAAAGUGGCAUGCAAGAGGAAGUGUUUGCUGUUCCUUGUCUAUUGCUUUUUUUUUCCUUGUGUUGCUGUCAAGUUUUGGUAUCAGAAAUAAACAUUGAAAUUGCAAAGUGAA